AUGUCGGGGUUUGAUCAGCUCAGUCAGAAUGUCUUUGGGCUGGUGGCAUUGAUUGUUUCAGUGAUCGCACUUUUGACGACUUGUUUGCAGGUGCUGCAGCAGUAUUUUUCAAGUGCGGAAGGGUAUCGAAGAUGUGCGGAAUCGGUAAUGGGGCCGUGGAAUAAGGGGACGCAUCGGAAGCUUAAUAUGAAGGAAUUUCGAGUCGAGGUGGUUUUCGAAACUCCGGUUAUAUUCAUCGCACCUCCGAAUAACCCAAGAGGACCAAUUAUAAAUAAGCCCAUCUUCUAUCUCGAUGGCACAAAGCAAUCAUACCACGAUACCAUGGUACUCGAACCGGACGAACAAGAGAAGACGGAUAAGGAGGCGGUCCAGCGUGUUCACACAGCAGAUGAUGAACGAGCAUCUUGGGUUACGUUGUUGUCAAAUUUACAAAAGAAGGAGCGGGACUCUCGAAUUUGGGAUAAGGGGCGUCGACUUGAAAAGCUUCCAAGCCGAGCCAAAGCACCCACGUACGAACUUGCCGUAGGCUUACAAGUCAAAACCAGAUCUUGGGAUUUCGUCCCGGCCAGUAUCACUAGGCCAUAUGCAACUUCUGCCAUCUGUCAUCUGGUUGAGAUGAUGGCCUUGAUGGGCAUGUAUUGGAAAGUUUUUGACCAGAUACUGUGGAACCUAAGAGCGGAAGGGAAUGGUUUCAUUCUUACCUCAACUACUGUCCAUGGAUUGGGAGUUAUGGUUAUAUUUAACGUGACGGGAAAAUCGAAAUUUGAAGAAGACCGGGUCAUUCCUUCUGCACAUAUAAAGGAACUGUGCUUUGGAACUGUCCCCAACAUAUUUGAGGAAGAAUCAUAUCUGAAAAAGGAAGAUCCAGAAUCUCAAAAUUUGACUUUGAAGUUUGGGUGUCAAGAUGAUGUGGAAUUGACUUUGGAGUCUCUUGGGUGUACACCUCAAAUACUCACGAGGUACAAGAAAGAUCACAGACAUAUAUUUCCAGUCUCUUUCGAGAUAAUUGGUAUGCUUGGGCAAGUAGUUCGGCUUCGGGGAAGCAAUUUUAGAAUGAUACCCAACCCAACCCAGGAUCAUUGGUUAAAGAAAACCGGCACAAAGCCUUCUUGGAAAAUCAUUAAACUUAUGGCAGUAUUUCAAAAGAAACUCCUCGGACUUUCCGAGGUCGAGGACUAUGGCAACAAAUCUCUCGAGAAACAUCCAAUCUCUAAAAUCAUCGAACAAUGGCAAGAAAUUGAAGCUCUCGGCUGUAUAGAUGAAUACAACCUUAGCAUCGAUGCCCGAGAAAAGAUUCACGAUGCUCUCGAUGGAAUGACGGGUUUUCUACUCGAGACUAGGCAAGCGGAUGUUCUCAAAAUUUUGGUAGCUCAUCUCGACGAAGUAACCAAAGUUCUCGUCGUGACUGAUUCUCCCCUCAACUCCAUUGUUUCGGUUCACAAGGAAGAGCCACUACUCGAUUACUACUUUAACACGAUCCUCCCCAAGGUCACAGGGAAUUCUAUUGGGCAUGAGAAAGAGAAGAGACAAAUUAUAUGGGUUUCCUUGAUGUUCAGAAUGUUAUGUUGGUUUUUACUACAUGAUUGGAAUAAAGAUGAUAAGUGUGAAGUUCCUCCGGAUUUGAAGGGAAGCAGAAUGCCGGUGUUUAUUGGUUGA